AUGGAAUAUCGAACAGUACUGUUUGUGCUAAGUUUUAUGCUGAAGACAGGGCAGACCUCGAGCAGUUCACUGACAAAUGUAUGCAUCGCCCGGACCUCAUCACUCAUCAUGUCUACUUGUGAUGGAUGCAUCCAAGCUGCUGGCUUCCCACAACAAAUUGGUUAUUUUUUUUUCUCACCCAAUAAUGUGGUUCGUAAUGGUUCACAAGCGGAUUAUUAG